AUGGGUAUUGUCGAAAAAAUCCAACAAAUCCAAGAGGAAUUGGCUCGUACUCAGAAAAACAAGGCCACCGAAUAUCAUAUUGGUUUACUUAAAGGUAAAUUAGCAAGAUAUCGUCAACAAUUAUUAGAACCUCCACCAGGUUCAUCUUCUUCUCCAGGUCAAGGUUUUGAAGUUAGUAAAAGUGGUGAUGCAAGAGUUGUAUUGAUUGGGUUCCCAUCUGUGGGUAAAUCUUCAUUUUUAUCAAAAGUCACCAAAACAAGAUCAGAAGUUGCAAGUUAUGCUUUCACAACUUUAACAUCUGUUCCUGGUGUAUUGGAAUAUCAAGGUGCUGAAAUUCAAAUUGUGGAUUUACCAGGUAUUAUUAGUGGUGCAUCUGAAGGUAAAGGUCGUGGUCGUCAAGUUGUUGCAACUGCUAAAACUAGUGAUAUCAUUGUUAUGGUUUUAGAUGCCACUAAAAGUUCAGAACAAAGACAAAUUUUGGAAAAAGAACUGGAAAGUGUUGGUAUAAGAUUAAAUAAACCAAAACCAAACAUUUAUUUCAAACCAAAACCUUCAGGUGGUGUUAAAUUUAGUUAUACUUCUCCACCUAAGAAUCUUGAUGAAAAAAUGGUUCAAGGUAUUUUAAGAGAUUAUAAAAUCCAUAAUGCAGAUGUCUUGAUUAGAGAUGAAAAUGUCACAAUUGAAGAUUUCAUAGAUAUUAUAAAUGAUUCACAUAGAAGUUAUAUCAAAUGUCUUUAUGUUUAUAACAAGAUUGAUGCAGUUUCAUUAGAGGAAACUGAUAGAAUUGCAAGAGAACCAAAUACAGUUGUUAUGAGUUGUGAAAUGGAUCUUGGAAUACAAGAUGUUAUUGAAGAAAUAUGGUUUCAACUUGAUUUAUUGAAACUAUAUACAAAGAGAAGAGGGGUUGCAGUGAAUUUUAAUGAUCCACUAGUGGUUAGAAAUAACAGUACAAUUGAAGAUGUUUGUAAUUCUAUUCAUAAAGAUUUCAAAAAUCAAUUUAAGUAUGCAUUUGUAUGGGGUUCAUCUACGAAGCAUAAUCCUCAAAAAUGUGGAUUAAAUCAUCCAGUAGAUGAUGAAGAUGUUGUUUCAAUUGUGGCAAAGUGA